AUGGACUUCAUCAGGGGCAAAGGCUUCGAAAAGCGGGUCAUUCCCAUGUUUGCACCCGAGACUUCAUCAGAUAAGCCGUCGGAGAAAGCGGCUAGCGAGGUGAAGCUGAUCACGCCUUACCCGAAUGGCAUGUAUAUGUUUAAUCUGAGGGGGUUGACCUCUUUGUUUCUUUUUUGCACGUCUCCCUAUCAAGAUCAUAUCCGAAGAAAGAAUACGGGAGGACGUGGUGCUAGGUGGCUCGUUCCUCCGACCAUUGUGUCUUUGUGGAACGGAGGGGGUCAAGCGUUCGUGUUCAUUUCUGCCAUUCUCAUUUCAAGGAAUCGCGAAGGUGCCGCUCAAUUUCGACCGCAGUGGUGUAAAUACGUCGGAGAAGACUGGAGGCAAGCCAGAGGAACGAUACAUGGCGCCCAGGCUGUUGUGGGAAAAUUUAGACUCCCGGGCGACCCAGUUUCGGUGCUCGGUUUGAGAGGCAAAAACUCUAAGAUUCAGCGAAUCACCGGCCAAGCCGCCCCAGCGAUUCAUGGAAUUCGCCUUCUGCAGUCGCACAGGAGAUAA